AUGGACGUCAACGGCUCAAAUACACCUACCGCAGACCUCUCCGGUGCCUCCGCAACACAGGUGCGACCCGGCGGUGCGCCCGCCCGCGUCUACCUAAAUGAUAAAGUUGUGCCGCAUCUACUCGAAGGAAUGAAGUCCGUUGCGCGAGAACAUUGGAUAGACCUAUGCAAAUGCCCAACAAUUUCCUCGGAGUACCGGCCUUUUGAAAUCGAUAUUGAUAUUGAGGAAGACCUAGGUCUAGGUCUUGAGCUUGAAAAGCCAGCCCGGUAUCGCUAUGUUUAUCUCACUCCAGAAGAAGCUACACUACUCUGGGAGCCUCUACCACUCGAUAUGCCAACAUUAAAGAAGGACCUCCUACGCCAAAUGGCCGCCUACGAGGGGAAUGUGGACCGAUAUGUUCGCCUUGGGCCAGAUCCUCGUAUUCAAAGUUUCAUGCACGAUAUCGAGCACCUUUGUAUUAUUCGUGGCAUCUAUCAUCAUACCAUGUUUGCGCGAUGGUGGCAGCAGAAACUAGACACCAAUACCGAUCUUGGCAGGGUUUAUGAUAAGUUCCAAAUCCAAGUCGCUAUCAAUGCCCGUCGGGUCAUGGUUAACGAUAUUGCGACUUUCACCGAUGAUAACCCACAUCUGCCUUGGCUUAUUUGGUGGCCUCUUAAACCAGAGGUAGAUGCAUUAUUCACUCUUGCUAAACGGUGCCCAUCCAUGCAUGAGCAGAUUGCAGUCACAUCUAUCUAUUGUGAUUACCAGGAUCUAUAUCAAGAUCUCAGCGCCAGUAUCACACCAAGUGCUGGUCUAAUGGAGGCUGCAAAACAAGUCGGUAAUACUUUCUACCUGGAGGACCUGAAAAGGCGUUCAGCAGAGCUAGGAGUCGACCCUUACAGGUAUUCAUCGGAAAGUGGCUUUGAUGAUCCUAAUUUCGCUGUUGAUAUGGAACCGACGGGCACUGGGAUCUAUCCACGUCUCCGUGCCGAUCUGAUGGAUGCACCAAUUAUUCCAGGCACCUUCACUAGGUACAAAAUGCGUUCGGGGGAUAUGUGGAGA